AUGCCUGAUAAGCAGUUAUUGGCAGCAGCCGGACACCAACACAUUCGCAUGUAUGAUCUCAACUCUAACAAUCCGACCGCCAUUAUCAACUAUGAAAGCAUAUUGAAGAAUAUCACCUCUGUUGGGUUCCAGGAGGACGGCAAGUGGAUGUUCACAGGCGGCGAGGACUGUAGCGCUCGCAUCUGGGACCUGCGCUCUCGUAAUCUGCAAUGUCAGCGUCUGUUCCAGGUGAGCGCGCCUGUCAACUGCGUCUGUCUGCACCCCAACCAGGCGGAGGUCAUUGUCGGCGACCAGAGUGGAAUCAUACACGUGUGGGACCUCAAGACUGAUCACAACGAACAGCUGGUCUGUACUAACUAA